GUAAAGUUAUGCGGUGUUGCAUUAUGUACGUUAACGAUUUUCUUUCUUUUACUACACUUCAUUAAUAAUAUAUAUUAUAUGAAGUAGUCUAGAAAAAUAACAAUUAAAUCAAAUCCAGCACUCUCACAAUAUGCCUGCACGAGCCAAUAUAGCCAAUAUGGGCAUCCCAUACACAACCAGAUCCUCCCCCGGGUAAAUAUCUAUUUUUUUUUUUGAGGCCGCCGCUUUUUCCCCGACUUAUAUAAGAUUUUAAAAAGCAUCGACUUGUAUAAAAUGAUGUAUGCAUUUAUCGCACUUGUCACCGUGCCUCUGUCAAUGCUGCUUUCAUCUUGCUGCCCUCUUUCAAGGUGAAAAUUGACGGAUUCGCAGCAGCUCUUAUUCUGGUUUGUUGACUUAAUCUUAGUUAAGGAGCUGUGUACGUGGGGGGCUGAGGAUUGUGAAAGAGAUUUUCUUGAUACCCAACAUGAACUUGAGAAGAAACACUAUGGUAUGUCUACUUAAAUUUCAGUCUUCAUUCAGUACCCAGCUUCAUCAGCAUAUCCAAACACGAGGAUUAGUAAAAGUCAGACUAAAAUGGGCAAAGAAUAAAGGUCUCGACCAUAUAAUUAACUUAGAAACCGAUGUCAAAGCUGCAUGUCUUCUUAAAGACGCUAUUAAAAGAUCCUCAACCGGCUUCAUAACUGCGAAAACUGUUUCCGACUGGCAGAAAUUACUGGGUCUCACUGUUCCAGUCCUUCGGUUCAUGCGUAGGUAUCCAACUAUAUUUGAUGAAUUCCCUCACACUCGUUGGCCUAGUCUCCCUUGUUUCCGUCUUACUGAUACCGCUCAGCUUUUGGAUUCCCAAGAACAAAAUAUACACCAGACCCAUGAGGCUAUUACUGUUGAGAGGCUCACUAGGCUUCUAAUGAUGUUGAAAACUAGGACAAUUCCCUUCCAAUCACUUCAGCCUUUGAAAUGGGAUCUGGGGUUGGCAGAUGAUUUUGAUAGAACCCUAAUUCCUAAAUACCCAGAUCACUUUCAGGUCAUUAAGGCGUCAAACGGGGCCUCAUCCUUAAGUCUUGCUCAAUGGAGAGAUGAAUAUGCGGUGUCCGUAUUGCAGAGAGCAAACGAGAGUAUUGAGUCCAGCGAUGGGUAUAGGCAAUUCAAGAGUGGAGGAACAUCAGUGGCAUUUCCGAUGAGUUUUCCAAAAGGUUAUGGAGCUCAAAAGAAAGUUAAGGCUUGGAUGGAUGAUUUCCAAAAACUACCGUACAUCUCACCUUAUGAAGAUUCAGCACAUAUCGACCCUAAUAGUGACCUUAUGGAGAAAAGAGUUGUAGGAGUUUUGCACGAGCUUUUGAGCUUGACCAUUCACAAGAAGACUAAGAGGAAUUACUUGAGGUGUUUGAGGGAAGAAAUGAAUCUACCUCACAAGUUUACUCGAAUUUUUACUAGGUACCCUGGUAUUUUCUACCUUUCUUUGAAGUGUAAGACAACCACAAUUACUCUCAAGGAGGGAUAUAAUCGUGGAAAGUUGGUAGACGAGCAUCCACUAGCUAGUAUCCGAAAAAAAUAUUAUUAUGUAAUGAGAACUGGAAUUCUUUAUCGUGGGAAAGGUGUGAACCUAAUAACAGGCAAUAAAAAUGGUGAACUUAAUUUAGUGAAAGAUGGAAUGGAAUUCAACGAUGAUGACGAGGAGGAAGAAGAAGAAGAGAUGGAAUUCAACGAUGAUGGCGAAGACAGUGCAGAUUUUGAGUCAGGUUCGGAAGGAGAAUAGCAAGUCUUCAUCAUUCAAUUAGCAAAGCAAAUGAUUUUUCGAGGUAUUACUUUUUUUGCUCACUUUUAUUUUAGGUUGUCACUAUUAGUUUUCUUUCUCACAUGAAGGUUUCUGUAAUUUUUAUGGUAACGAGUCAAUAUGUCACUCCAGGGAAAUGAUAAAGAGUAAAUAUAAGUUAGAA